AAUCCCUAUAAUAACGCCUAGGCAUUUAAGUUGCUAUGGUCAUUCUGAUCUCCAAGCAAAUGGAGAAACUACGGAUUUUUUUUCCUUAUUACGGUCGCAUGGGAUGAAGACCUUCCUGCCUGCUGAGAGCUGGGGAUCUAUCCGUAGAGAUACCUAGAAAUGUUUAUCAAUAUGUCAGUGUGUGAGUAUGAAGUGGUGGUUUCUUAGACUCUCAGUGGUUUGACCUUGAACCUGUGCCAGUGAAACAGCAGAUUACUUUUAUUUAUGCAUUUAAUGGAUUGAAGAAAAGAACCUUUUUUUUUUCCUUCCCUCCUCUCUGUGCAACUGCAGUCAGGGGAGGGGAGUCGGAAUAUACCUCGCCUAAUAUCUCCUGGGUUGGCACCGUCAUUAUUGUUUAUUCUUGUGCUCCGAGAGCCCAGUCCUCCGAUGGCUCCCUUAGGUGAAGUUGGGAACUAUUUCGGUGUGCAGGAUGCGGUACCGUUUGGGAAUGUGCCCGUGUUGCCGGUGGACAGCCCGGUUCUGUUAAGUGACCACCUGGGGCAGUCCGAAGCAGGGGGGCUCCCCAGGGGACCCGCAGUCACGGACUUGGAUCAUUUGAAGGGGAUUCUCAGGCGGAGGCAGCUAUACUGCAGGACUGGAUUUCACUUAGAAAUCUUCCCCAACGGUACUAUCCAGGGAACCAGGAAAGACCACAGCCGAUUUGGCAUCCUGGAAUUUAUCAGUAUAGCAGUGGGCCUGGUCAGCAUUCGAGGCGUGGACAGUGGACUCUACCUCGGGAUGAACGAGAAGGGGGAGCUGUAUGGAUCAGAAAAACUAACCCAAGAGUGUGUAUUCAGAGAACAGUUUGAAGAAAACUGGUAUAACACCUACUCAUCGAACCUGUACAAACACGUGGACACUGGAAGGCGAUACUAUGUUGCAUUAAAUAAAGACGGGACCCCAAGAGAAGGGACGAGGACUAAACGGCACCAGAAAUUCACCCAUUUUUUACCUAGACCAGUGGACCCCGACAAAGUACCUGAACUAUAUAAGGAUAUUCUAAGCCAAAGUUGACAAAGACAAUUUCUUCACUUGAGCCCUUAAAAAAAAAAAGUAACCACUAUAAAGGUUUCAUGCAGUGGGUUCUUAUUGAUUAGCUGUGUCGUCACCUCAGCUCCACUGUUGCCAAACUUUGUCGCAUGCGUAAUGUCUGAUGGAGCAUUGGAUGGGAACAUGCUGAUUUUGUUCUGCACUUAAAGGCUCGUCCCCCCCAGAGGGCUGCCAAGGGCCCCCUGCUUGAUUUAGUGUGCAAGAAGGCCUGCGUGUGACGGGUGUGUGUGUGUGUGUGUGUGUGUGAGUGAGUGAGUGAAUGGGUGCGUGGGUGAGGCGCAGGGGGACAGCAGAGAGGACCACGGCCUGAUGCAUGCUGGGAAAUAGACACGCUUUUAAAUUUUUGAUCAGUUGUACUUCAUCCUAUAUCAGCACAGCUGCCAUACUUCGACUCAUCAGGAUUCUGGCUGGUGGCCUGCGCAAGGGUCUGCUGCAUUUUCAAAGGCAUGGAGGGUGCAGUUCUUACGUAAAAGACUUUUUUUCAGUUAAUUCUCACUGGUGUCAUCCCAGUGAACUUAAAGCAAAGACCUCUUAGUAAAAAAAAAAAAGAAAAAAAAA